AUGAAAAGGUUUCAGGAUGAUCAUAUUUUGGCCAUAGUGCGCAACAAUCAAAGAGAUGCAUUCCUCCCGAUGUUAAAAGAAAACGAGGUUUAUAGCAUAUCGAACCUAAAACUGGUGCCCGGGCCAAAGCUGUACAGAAGCGUUGAUAGGGACCUCUCAGUCAAUUUCUUCUACAAAACUAAAAUUGAAGAGCAUCAGGACACUGGCUCCAUACCUCGCUACAAGUUUGAAUUGCAACCUUUUCACAGGGUCAAAGACUUGGUCGGGGACACUAAAUGUUUAAUAGAUGUCAUCGGCAUGGUUAUGAGCUAUGGGCAACUGGAAAAAAGGUCGAAUGAUGCACAAAAGAUGGAUGUGGUCCUCAUGGAUACAAGGCUUAAACGCGGGCUAAUUGACAUUAUCCUUGCUGAUUGCCAUGCCGCUGCUUUACAGCUUUCAUGCAAACAAAAUGCAAAACGAAGAGAAGAUGUUAGUAACCUUAUGGGAAGACAAAGCGCUCCAGUUCAUGUCCUCCAUCCGAGAGGUCCAAGAGAAGGCAACCUUUGUUGCGAUUACUGGGCUACUGGCAAAAAAGUUUUCAGCUACACAUCAGGUGCUUCUUUCAAGUUAUUUCAUUUCAAUAUACCGUUUACUGCUAACAUUGCAGAUAGAGCCACACUGUCAAGCACUGAUGCAACAAGAUCAUACUUCAAUAUUGAUUACGAACCUCUGAAUGCUCUCAACGAGAAGCUGUCUGCAUCAAUCGCGGGGGGACAUAACUCCUUACAGGCUCCUACAGCAAGACAGUUUGUCACAGCCAAUGAGAAUCAGCCAAAAGAGCUUCAGAUAAAGUCAAUCUUGGAGGCUAAGAUUCCAGUGGGGAACAAUGUACUGCACUGUCUUUGUAAAGGAACAAUAAUUGACGUCCUCAAUGGAAAUGGGUGGUACUAUAUAUGUUGCCCAAAAUGCGCAAGGGCUGUUCGUGAAUUGGAGGGGAAAUUUUAUUGUGCGGCCUGCACCGAAGAACCCUACCCAGUAACACAACGUUACAGAGUUGUCAUCCGUAUCGAGGACGGCACAGGUUCAACAACUUUAACAUUGUUCAACAAAGAGGCUGAACAAAUUAUCGGUGCUCCACUAAACACAUUGCUGAAAGAGAUAGAGAAGGAGAAGCUGGCAGAGAUUCCUCCUGCGCUGAAGAACUUAAUCGGCAAAAAAUGUGCAUUCCAGAUAAAGAUCACUCCAUACAACAUAGAAAAAGGCUGCGAGGAGUAUACAGUCACCCGUGUCUCGGAGCUUUCACUGCCUCCUAUCACCAAUGACGCGGCGGACUCUUCUGAGGGCUCGAACAAGAAACAAAGGACCACUUGA